CAACCACUAUGAACGACAGAGGACGGACUGUGCUCCUUGAUUCUUGAUACCCAUCGUGCUUUUCGCAGUUUCAGAAUUUGGAAGCGUAUUGAUGAAAUUAAGUAAUUGAGGCCGCAGUGAAAAUGACGUCUCCGAACUCACAAUCAACUGAAGCCGCACAAUAUUUUAACAAUAUUGUAAGUAGGUUUUUAGCCUCAAUUCCCACUAUUGAUGCCAACGUGCUUGCGAGUUGUUUCCAAAACAUAUCCCAGACCUACAGGAAAGGGCUGCACAGACUUGGGAUUAAACUAGACUGGAGGGAUAACUGCUACCGUGGCGUUUACGUGCAUCGCUUCUUCGCUUUGCACAGCUACCUUGUGUAUCAAAGUUUGCACUCGGCAUUGGCAGAUAAGACAUAUCUCACAGAAGCAUGGAACAACGAGCCGUGUUUCCGUGUGUGUUGCAUCGGUGGAGGGCCUGGAUCAGACGCUCUGGGCCUGACCAAGUUUCUACGGGACAACAGACUGGUUCCAACAAACCGUUUGGAGUGCACGAUAUUUGAUCGGUAUCGGGAAUGGGAGGACACUUGGAAAAAGAUGACAAAGAGCAAUGCCAAUAUUGAGUUUCCACCGAUGACAUAUAUCUCGCGUGACAUGACCGGCUGUACGGCCGACCUGAGCAUACUGGAUAAGAUAAGAUCAGCAGACUUCGUUUCCUUCGUCAAGUUUUUCUCUACUGUGUCUGCCGCCAUCGGGGCCGAUGCAACUCGCGGAAACUUACUCAGAGAAGUUUUCCGAGAGCUAAAACCAGGCGCUCUUGUGUUUUACACUGACAAUAUAUUUGGCGAUAGGCACGGAGAGUUUAAGAGGAUCGCUUACUCCGGCGGAGUCACGGAUGUGCUUUUCGAAAAAAUACACUUUCCGAUUUCUCUGCCAGUUACAGAGCGUUCAGUUAGCAGUAAGUCAUUCGACGCUGCUAUCCAAGUUGCCCCCUUACUAAGCUGUUCGGUGACCGUCAUGCUUCUGCGUAAACCUCACAUGGACAACGGACAGAAUAUAUCAUCAGAAGCUGAACCUAUCCACACUGAAGCAGAGAACGCACUGGAAGCUGAGCUUAUCCACACUGAAGCAGAUAACGCAGCGGAGCCUAUCCACAUUGAAGCAGAUAACGCACUAGAAGCUGAGCCUAUCCAUACUGAGGCUGACGAAGCACUACUAGAAGCUGAGCCUAUCCACACUGAAGCAGAUAACGCACUAGAAGCUGAGCCUAUCCACACUGAAGCUGACGAAGCACUAAUAGAAGCUGAGCCUAUCCACACUGAAGGAGAUAACGCACUAGAAGCUGAGCCUAUCCACACUGAAGCUGAUAACGCACUAGAAGCUGAGCCUAUCCACACUGAUGCUGGCGAAGCACUACUAGAAGCUGAGCCUAUCCACACUGAAGCAGAUAACGCACUAGAAGCUGAGCCUAUCCACACUGAAGCAGAUAACGCACUAGAAGCUGAGCCUAUCCAUACUGAUGCUGGCGAAGCACUACUAGAAGCUGAGCAUAUCCACACUGAAGCUGAUCCAGAAGCUGAGCAUAUCCACACUGAAGCUGAUCCAGAAGCUGAGCAUAUCCACACUGAAGCUGACGAAGCACUACUAGAAGCUGAGCCUAUCCACACUGAAGCUGAUGACGCACUAGAAGCUGAGCCUAUCCACACUGAAGCUGACGAAGCACUGCCAGAAGUGGAGUCUAUUCUAUCAAUGACCACUGCUCCCAUUGUGGCACCAGGCGACAUCAAAUCAGACGUCCAGCCCCAAGACACAGAUCAAGUCUCAGUGUCUCUGAAACUUGGAUCCAAAGUCAAUCCAUCUAGGCGCUUUACUCCUUAUUGAUGAAGUCACUGAGAUAAAAAAGGAGCAGGAGAUUAAAGGAACACGUUGCCUUGGAUCG